AUUGAAAGUGACAGCGCAAAUGAUAACAAUGUUGAAAUUUUGGAUGAUAGUGAUGCAUUUGCAUUUUUUACAUCUCAAUUAAGAGUUUCAAAAAUAAUUCAUACAACUGUUCCUAUCGAAUAUCCUGCUACUUCUUUAGAAGGAGUUGCAACUAUUUAUAAUGUAACUAGUUGGAAAAAUUAUAAAGACGCGUUCUCAGAUGCAAGUGGUACAUCUAAUGUUCAGAAUUGCUCAUUUUUUGGUGGAAUUCCAAUAAAAAAAAAUGAAAGAAAAUGUCAGGGAAUAAAACAUUGUCAAUUUAGUGAACCUGAACUUAUAAAUCAAAGAACACAUGUUUAUGAUAGGAUUUAUUUGGCUGCAAAAGAAUCAACUUGCCCUUAUAAAAAUAACAAUAUAACUUGUGAUGGAAAUCCUUGUCUUAGAAAAAUUACAGAUUUUCAAACACAAAUUGUUAGAUACUUUAUUGGGUGUGAUAAAUAUCAUCAAAAUGAGAAAUGGCAUCAUUAUGUUAAGUUGAAUUAG